AUGACCAGGGAGACGGCCAUGGUGUUGAGAUCACAGGAUGAGGACUGUCGAGGAGCAUGUGACGAGGCGAAGGCAAGCAGAAGCAGCCAGCACGGUCGCCGAGAGCCUCCCGGCCGGCUGCGUUACACUGACCUGCUUCAGCUCGUUCGUGAAGUACACGUAGGUCACGGCCACGCACAGAGCCUGCAGCAGCACGGUGAAGAUGAGGACGAGCACGCAGAUUUGGCCCGGAGGCCACCUGGAAAGAAAAGCACUGCUGUCUGGCUAACCUGGGUCAUUGCAGUGGCAGGGAAUCUGACCGACUGCUGGAUCUGCCAUCUGACCUCUUGCUGCCUUUCCCCUCUUUGCCAAGUCCAGAUGGCCACUCAAGGAGCUGAUUUCCUCAGCCUCACAUUUAUACUAACAUCAGGAAGUGUCUGUGACAAGGAUAAUGCACAGCCGCUUGUUGUGCACCCUUCUUCCCCACACCCCUGGGCAACUUGUUGGGAUGCAACAACUCCUGAUAUAUGGAAACUGAUGUGUCAAUAUGUUUCCAUUCUGCAGCCCCAGUGGCAGACUUUAGGUCUAACGGAAUGGCCUGACCAUACCUUGAAUGUAAAACCAGAAACAAGAAGUUCUAGCUGCUUGUCAGAGUGGAAACUCUGCAAACAGGAAUUAGGACAAAAUAAAAGCAUUUUUCCAGACCAACAAAAAUGGAGAGAAUUUUCCACUAGUAAAACCUUGUUAAAUAAUUCUGAAGGAUACACUUUAGAUGGAUGAAAGGUGAUCCCAGAUGGGAGUCUGAGAUGCAAGAAGAAAUGAAGAGUAAAUAAAGUGAGAAAAAAUGAGAGAAGUCUCAUUCAAGCAUUUGAAGGGUCUAAAAGGAGAAGUGAUGAUUUCAGCGU